AUGCAGGCCAUUAUCAGCACCGGCCCCGGGCAAGCGGCCCUUGUCCAUGACCGACCACUUCCCUCUAUACGGGAUGGGUAUCUGCUGAUCAAAACGAAAGCUGUCGCAUUGAAUCCCACCGACUGGAAGCAUAUUGAGGUCACUCAAAAGCCUGGGAUCCUGUUUGGCUGUGACUACGCGGGUAUUGUCGAGAAAGUCGGGCCCGGCGUCCAGUCACGCUUCCAGGUUGGCUGUCGCGUCGCUGGGUUCGUGCACGGAGGCAACUCCCAAGAACCCCAGGAUGGGGCGUUUGCCGAGUAUAUUGUGGCCAAAGCCGACAUUCAGAUUCACAUUCCAGCGAACAUGAGCUUCGAAGAGGCCGCAACCCUGGGAGUGGGCAUCACGUCGGUGGGACAAGGGCUUUACCAGACCCUCUCACUCCCCUUCCCUUCCUCCAUCCACGAAGGCGGGGAGAGAACAGCGAGCCCUGGGACGCAGCCAAUUCUGGUUUAUGGGGCAUCAACCGCGUCAGGGAUUUUGGGUAUCCAAUUUGCAAAGCUCUCGGGCCUCGCCCCCCUGGCUGUCUGCUCCCCCGACCACUUUGACUUGGCGGAGCGGCUGGGAGCCGUGGCGGUCUUCGACUACGCCGAUGGGGAAGAAGCCGUUGAGGAGAUUCAAGACUGCGUUCAGAGGAUGGGCAAGCCCCUACUGAAAGCCUGGGAUACGGUAUCUAUCCCAUCGAGUGCACGGUUUUGCGGCGAUGCACUGUCCCCGGGAAAUGGGUGCCAGUACGCCUCACUGCUGCCCAUCCAAUGCCCCCGGCCAGACGUGACUAGCACCGCGACCAUGGCGUAUACUGUUUUUGGCGAAGACUGGGGCAUGGGGGCCACCCACUUCCCGGCCAAUGACGCGGACGCAGAUUUCGGCCGUCGGUGGUGGGCCUUGGUGCAGGAACUCCUGAACCAGGGUCGUAUCCAGACCCACCGAAUCAUCAUUGGCGAAGGUGGCCUGGAUGGGGUCCUCGGCGGAUUACAGCAGCUGCGAGACUCGCAAGUGCGUGGGGGUAAACUAGUGUUCCGUGUGUAG